AUGGUUGCAUCACACAACAAUGCCUUCCCCCUCUCAUGCCUUCCCCCUCUCAUGCCUUCCCCCUCUCAUGCCUUCCCCCUCUCAUGCCUUCCCCCUCUCAUGCCUUCCCCCUCUCAUGCCUUCCCCCUCUCAUGCCUUCCCCCUCUCAUGCCUUCCCCCUCUCAUGCCUUCCCCCUCUCAUGCCUUCCCCCUCUCAUGACUUCCCCCUCUCAUGCCUUCCCCCUCUCAUGCCUUCCCCCUUUCAUGCCUUCCCCCUCUCAUGCCUUCCCCCUCUCAUGCCUUCCCCCUCUCAUGCCUUCCCCCUCUCAUGCCUUCCCCCUCUCAUGCCUUCCCCCUCUCAUGCCUUCCCCCUCUCAUGCCUUCCCCCUCUCAUGCCUUCCCCCUCUCAUGCCUUCCCCCUCUCAUGCCUUCCCCCUCUCAUGCCUUCCCCCUCUCAUGCCUUCCCCCUCUCAUGCCUUCCCCCUCUCAUGCCUUCCCCCUCUCAUGCCUUCCCCCUCUCAUGCCUUCCCCCUCUCAUGCCUUCCCCCUCUCAUGCCUUCCCCCUCUCAUGCCUUCCCCCUCUCAUGCCUUCCCCCUCUCAUGCCUUCCCCCUCUCGUGCCUUCCCCCUCUCGUGCCUUCCCCCUCUCGUGCCUUCCCCCUCUCGUGCCUUCCCCCUCUCGUGCCUUCCCCCUCUCGUGCCUUCCCCCUCUCGUGCCUUCCCCCUCUCAUGCCUUCCCCCUCUCAUGCCUUCCCCCUCUCAUGCCUUCCCCCUCUCAUGCCUUCUCCCUCUCAUUCCUUCCCCCUCUCAUGCCUUCCCCCUCUCAUGCCUUCCCCCUCUCAUGCCUUCCCCCUCUCAUGCCUUCCCCCCUCUCAUGCCUUCCCCCCUCUCAUGCCUCCCCCCUCUCAUGCCUUCCCCCUCUCAUGCCUUCCCCCUCUCAUGCCUUCCCCCUCUCAUGCCUUCCCCCUCUCAUGCCUUCCCCCUCUCAUGCCUUCCCCCUCUCAUGCCUUCCCCCUCUCAUGCCUUCCCCCUCUCAUGCCUUCCCCCUCUCAUGCCUUCCCCCUCUCAUGCCUUCCCCCUCUCAUGCCUUCCCCCUCUCAUGCCUUCCAUGCCUUCCCCCUCUCAUGCCUUCCCCCUCUCAUGCCUUCCCCCUCUCAUGCCUUCCCCCUCUCAUGCCUUCCCCUCUCAUGCCUUCCCCUCUCAUGCCUUCCCCCUCUCAUGCCUUCCCCCUCUCAUGCCUUCCCCCUCUCAUGCCUUCCCCCUCUCAUGCCUUCCCCCUCUCAUGCCUUCCCCCUCUCAUGCCUUCCCCCUCUCAUGCCUUCCCCCUCUCAUGCCUUCCCCCUCUCAUGCCUUCCCCUCUCAUGCCUUCCCCCUCUCAUGCCUUCCCCCUCUCAUGCCUUCCCCCUCUCAUGCCUUCCCCCUCUCAUGCCUUCCCCCUCUCAUGCCUUCCCCCUCUCAUGCCUUCCCCCUCUCAUGCCUUCCCCCUCUCAUGCCUUCCCCCUCUCAUGCCUUCCCCCUCUCAUGCCUUCCCCCUCUCAUGCCUUCCCCCUCUCAUGCCUUCCCCCUCUCAUGCCUUCCCCCUCUCAUGCCUUCCCCCUCUCAUGCCUUCCCCCUCUCAUGCCUUCCCCCUCUCAUGCUCUCAUGCCUUCCCCUCUCAUGCCUUCCCCCUCUCAUGCCUUCCCCCUCUCAUGCCUUCCCCCUCUCAUGCCUUCCCCCUCUCAUGCCUUCCCCUCUCAUGCCUUCCCCCUCUCAUGCCUUCCCCCUCUCAUGCCUUCCCCCUCUCAUGCCUUCCCCCUCUCAUGCCUUCCCCCUCUCAUGCCUUCCCCCUCUCAUGCCUUCCCCCUUUCAUGCCUUCCCCCUCUCAUGCCUUCCCCCUCUCGUGCCUUCCCCUUGA